AUGUUUUCAUCAAAUACCGUUAAUAGCAGUGCACCACCUAAUCCAUCUAAAUCAAUUCAAGAUGAGAGGCUGCAAAAUCAAUUCGAACCUACAUUAAUGCAUGAAUUCUUGGAAGGGUCUCGCGAGAACUCCCAGCAAAUCUUGAGACUCUAUCACCAAAUGGAAAGAGAUCCAAUUUUGUGCUCUAGUUACAAGGAUUAUGAAUUGAAUAGAUUAGAGGAGAGAACCAAAUCGGCGUUGAGAAUCAAUCUGUUGAGUCGUUAUAUUGAAGAGGAUUCACCAUCAGACUUUCAUAGGAGAUUGAAUUUGCUUGCUGUAUAUGAUCCAUCCACGGGUAUCAGAUUGAGCAUCAAUUUGGGAUUAUUUGUCAACUGUAUCAAAGGAAAUGGUACGGCGGAGCAGUAUAAGUAUUGGUGUGUUGAUAAGGAGACCACGAAAAUAAAAAAUGCAUAUGGUUGUUUUGGGAUGACAGAAUUGGGACAUGGAUCCAAUGUCGCCGGGUGUGAAACCACUGCCACCUUUGACGAAGAAAACGACCAAUUCAUCAUAGACACUCCCCAUAUCGGCGCAACCAAGUGGUGGAUUGGGGGAGCUUUACAUGUAGCCACCCAUUGUGUCGUGUAUGCUAGAUUGAUUGUCAAAGGGAAGGAUUAUGGGGUAACAACGUUUGUGGUUCCAUUGAGGGACUCCAACCAUGAUGUGAUGCCGGGAAUUACUAUUGGUGAUAUUGGAGGGAAAAUGGGACGUGAAGGUGUUGAUAAUGCUUGGAUUCAGUUCUCUAAUGUAAGGAUCCCAAGAUUCUUUAUGUUGCAAAGGUUCUGUAAAGUUUCCAGCAGUGGUAAAGUUGAGUUACCUCCGUUACAGCAAUUGGUAUAUAUUUCAUUAUUAGGCGGUAGGGUUAUGAUGGCUGUGGAUUCCUACAGAAUCAGUGCCCGUUUUAUCACCAUUGCCGUUAGAUAUGCUGUUGGUAGAAGACAGUUCAAGAAAAACGGUGGUGACGGUAAUGGCGAUGGCUUGGAAUGCAAGUUGUUGGAUUAUCCAUUGCAUCAGCGCCGUUUAAUGCCGUAUUUGGCCUUGACUUAUGCCAUGGCGGUUGGGACUAAAAAAUUGGAGAAUGAUCAUGCUGCAUGUCUCAAAGAAUUUGAUUAUGCAGUAAAUUCUAAUGAUAAAGUGGCUUUGAAGAAAGCUUUAGAAACGACCAAGUCAUUAUUUGUUGACUCAGCAUCUUUGAAGUCUACAUGUACCUGGUUAGCUGGAGAGUGUAUUACUGAGUGUAGACAAGCCUGUGGUGGUCAUGGGUAUUCAGCAUAUUCUGGAUUUGGUAAGACGUACGGGGACUGGACAAUUCAAUGUACGUAUGAAGGUGACAAUAGUGUUUUAGGUAUGUCUGCGGGUAAAGCUAUCAUAGCUAACACAGCACAAGUAAUCAAGAAAAACAAAAAGAUUACUGGCUCAAUUUCAUUCUUAUCGAAUGCAAAGAAUUAUAUCAAUGAUGAAUUGGUUUUAAAGUCCGAAGAUGAUCUCCAGGACUUAUCCUUGGUCUUUAAAGCUCUUGAGGUGUUAAUAUGUAGACUUGCGAACCAAUCUAUUGACGUUUUAGAGUCGUCUGGAGACAAUAACUGGGAUCUCGUUAGCUACCAGAGAGUUGUACUCUCCAAAUUGAGAUGCCACCAUUAUUUAUUGCAGAAUUUUAUGUCCAGAAUUGAUAGUGCUGAUGAAUCUACGAAACCAAUGUUGAAAGAUGUUGCAAAAACAUAUGCCUAUACUAGUAUAUUGGAGAACUUCUCUGCUGAAUUGUUGUCUUUGAAUGUAACAUCACCUAAAUUCAUAAACCGGUUGAAGUCUAGUGUGAUCCCAACGUACCUUAAGAAAUUAAGAAAUCAAGCAAUCACAUUAACAGAUUCAUUCCAACAGCCAGAUAUGGUUCUUAAUUCUGCUAUCGGUAACUACAACGGGGAUAUCUAUGAAGACUAUUUCAAGGUCGUCAAGCAGGCAAACCCACCAACCCAAACUAAAGCUCCCUAUUCUGCAGCCAUAGAAUCCAUGCUAAACAGACCCAGUAAGGAGGAAAGAGAAAGGUUCGAAAAGUCCGCCGAAACCGCAAAAAUCUUGUCCAAGUGA